AUGGCUAUGUUGGAAGGUGAGGAUGAGAUAGAGUCUCUGAGAUUUGAGUUGGCAGAGAUUGGAAGGAGUAUAAGAUCCUCAUUUAGAAGCCAUGCCUCCAGUUUUCGGAGCAUUUCAAAUGUUGAUAAUGAUGAGGGUGAUGCGUUACCAUGGGCUGAAAUCCAGAGGCUUCCCACUUUUGAGAGGAUUAAUUCAGCUUUGUUUGAUGUACAUGAUGGCAUGGAAACAAAAGGGAAACAGGUGGUUGAUGUCAGCAAGCUUGGAGCUCAAGAACGCCAUAUGUUCAUAGAGAAGCUUAUCAAGCACAUUGAAAAUGAUAAUCUUCGUUUGUUGCAGAAACUCAGGAAAAGAAUUGACAAAGUUGGUAUUGAGUUGCCCACAGUGGAAGUGAGAUAUCAAAAUCUUCAUGUAGAAGCAGAGUGUAAGGUAGUUCAGGGCAAGGCCGUACCUACUUUAUGGAACACGCUAAAAGAGUGGAUUUUUGACACCACUAAAUUGUCAGUUCUGAAAUCCCAAAAUUCCAAGAUAAGCAUCAUCAAAGAUGCCAAUGGCAUUAUUAAGCCUGGAAGGAUGACCUUAUUGCUUGGCCCUCCGGCGAGUGGUAAAACAACAUUAUUGUUGGCAUUGGCAGGAAAACUUAGCCAUUCUCUCAAGGUUCAAGGGGACAUCUCAUACAAUGGACACAUGCUACAAGAAUUCAUUCCUCAGAAAUCCUCAGCAUAUGUAAGUCAAUCUGAUCUGCAUAUUCCCGAGAUGACUGUGAGGGAGACACUUGAUUUCUCAGCACGUUGUCAAGGUGUAGGAACCCGAGCUGAACUUCUGAUGGAAGUCAGUAGGAGGGAGAAAGAAGCAGGGAUAGUGCCAGACCUUGAUAUAGAUGCAUAUAUGAAGGCAACAUCAGUUAAAGGACUGAAGAGCACCCUUCAAACAGACUAUAUUUUGAAGAUCCUUGGUCUUGACGUAUGUGCUGAUACAUUAGUUGGAGAUCAUAUAAGAAGAGGUAUAUCUGGUGGUCAAAAGAAAAGGUUAACUACAGGAGAGAUGAUGGUUGGACCGAUGACAGCUCUAUUUAUGGAUGAAAUAUCCAAUGGUUUAGAUAGCUCCACUACUUUCCAGAUAAUCUCCUGUCUUCAGCAUCUGGUGCAUAUAACAGAUGCCACUGCGUUAAUUUCACUCCUUCAGCCUGCACCAGAGACCUUUGAUCUCUUUGAUGACAUUGUCUUAAUGGCAGAAGGGAAAAUUGUCUACCAUGGCCCACGUGAUUAUAUACUUCAAUUCUUUGAGGACUGUGGAUUCAAAUGCCCACAAAGAAAAGGCACUGCUGACUUUCUUCAGGAAGUUAUCUCUAGAAAAGAUCAAGCACAGUAUUGGACCAGAACUGAAGAACCUUACAGCUAUGUUGCUGUUGACCAGUUCAUUGGGAAAUUUAAGGAUUGUCCUUUUGGUCAAAAGCUGGAGGACGAGCUCCUGAAGCCAUUUGAUAAGUCUAAGAACCACAAGGAUGCUCUCACAUUUAGAAAAUACUCAUUAACAAAAUGGGAAUUAUUUAAGGCUUGUAUGAUGAGGGAAUUUCUUCUAAUGAAAAGAAACUCUUUUGUCUAUGUGUUCAAGUCAACACAGCUUGUCAUUGUUGCAUGUGUGGCAAUGACUGUUUUCAUUCGAACACGAAUGGCUGUUGAUGUGCUCCAUGGGAAUUAUUUUAUGGGUUCAUUGUUCUAUUCACUCAUCAUACUUAUGGUUGAUGGAAUGCCAGAACUGGCUAUGACUGUAUCAAGACUUGCAGUUUUUUACAAACAAAAAGAGUUAUACUUUUUUCCUGCUUGGGCUUAUACAAUCCCAUCUGCUGUUCUAAAGAUUCCACUUUCAUUGUUGGAAUCUUUCAUUUGGACAACACUUUCUUAUUAUGUCAUUGGUUACAGCCCUGAGAUUGGCAGGUUCUUUCGCCAGUUCCUUCUCCUAUUUACCGUACACCUGACUUCAGUAUCCAUGUUUCGAUUCAUUGCCUCAAUUUUCCAAUCCGUGGUUGCUUCUGUGACUGCUGGUACUGUGACCAUGAUAUUUGUUUUAUUAUUUGGUGGCUUCCUCAUACCAAAACCACAUAUGCCAUCUUGGUUGCAGUGGGGAUUUUGGGUUUCUCCAGUGACAUACGGAGAGAUAGGCAUAGCUGUGAAUGAAUUUCUUGCUCCUAGGUGGGAAAAGAUGUCUGCAAACACAACACUGGGUCGGCAAGUACUUGAAAGCCGGGGGCUAAACUUUGAUGGUUACUUUUAUUGGAUAUCAAUCGGUGCCUUAGUUGGGUUCACAGUGUUGUUUAAUGCAGGUUUUACCUUGAUGUUGACUUUCUUGAAAGCUCCUGCAAGGUCUCGUGCUCUUAUAUCUUCCGAGAAGCAUUCAGAGUUACAAGGACAGCAAGAAAGCAAUGGUGGCUUUGGUGCAGACAAGAAACAUGCUGGUUCCCUGAUUGAAAGUAAUGCAGAACCCAAAAAAGGAGGAUUGGUUCUACCUUUCCAGCCACUUACAGUAGCAUUUUGUGAUGUGCAGUACUACGUUGAUACCCCUUUGGAAAUGAGAAACCGGGGUUUUACUGAGAAAAAGCUUCAGCUACUUUCUGACAUUACAGGUUCAUUCAGACCAGGCAUACUAACAGCAUUGAUGGGAGUCAGUGGAGCAGGGAAAACAACUUUAAUGGAUGUUUUGUCUGGAAGAAAAACUGGUGGUACCAUAGAAGGAGAUAUUAGAAUUGGUGGCUAUCCAAAGGUUCAGGAAACAUUUGCUAGGGUAUCAGGUUACUGUGAACAAAAUGACAUACAUUCUCCAAAUAUAACAGUAGAAGAAUCUGUAAUGUUUUCCGCUUGGCUUCGGCUUCCUCCUCAGACUGAUGCAAAAACUAAAGCUGAAUUUGUAAAUGAAGUCCUUCAUACUAUUGAGCUCUAUGGGAUCAAAGAUUCUUUAGUAGGAUUGCCGAAUAUUAGUGGUUUAUCAACUGAGCAAAGAAAACGGUUGACCAUAGCCGUUGAGCUUGUUGCUAAUCCUUCAAUCAUAUUUAUGGAUGAACCAACUUCAGGUCUAGAUGCAAGAGCAGCUGCAGUUGUUAUGAGAGCAGUGAAGAAUGUUGUUGGAACAGGAAGGACUGUUACAUGCACCAUUCACCAGCCAAGUAUUGAUAUAUUUGAGGCAUUUGAUGAGCUGAUUCUUAUGAAAGCUGGAGGACGCAUAAUCUACUCUGGCACACUUGGAGAGCACUCAAGUAGGGUCAUUGAAUACUUUGAGAGUAUACCAGGAGUGCCAAAGAUUAAAGACAACUAUAAUCCAUCAACGUGGAUGUUAGAAGUAACUUCAAGGUCUGCAGAAACUGAACUGGGAGUAGAUUUUUCCCAAAUUUAUAGGGAAUCAACCUUAUAUGAACAGAACAAAGAGUUAGUUGAGCAAUUAAGUUCACCACCUCCUGACUCAAGAGAUUUGUAUUUUCCGUCUCAUUUUCCACAAAAUGGUUGGGAACAGUUUAAAGCAUGCUUGUGGAAACAGCAUUUGUCCUAUUGGAGAAGUCCUUCAUACAACUUGAUGCGCAUCAUGUUUGUGGUUGCCUCAUCUUUUCUGUUUGGGAUACUGUUCUGGAAGCAAGGAAAGAAAAUAAAUAGUCAACAAGAUGUGUUCAAUGUAUUUGGUUCAAUGUUUGCUGCUACAAUCUUCUUUGGGAUAAAUAACUGCUCAACAGUUUUACCAUAUGUGGCAACCGAGCGUAAUGUUCUGUACCGUGAGAGAUUUGCUGGAAUGUACUCUCCCUGGGCCUAUUCUUUUGCACAGGUGCUAAUUGAGGUUCCCUAUUUAUUCACUCAAGCUGCUCUAUACGUGAUAAUCACAUAUCCUAUGAUGGGUUACUACUGGUCCGCUUAUAAAAUAUUUUGGUUAUUCUUCAGCAUGUUCUGCAACAUGCUAUGCUUUAAUUACCUUGGGAUGCUCAUUAUUUCAUUGACACCAAAUGUUCAAGUGGCUUCUAUCGCGGCUUCAUCUUUCUACACAAUGAUGAAUUUAUUUUCUGGGUACUUUGUGCCACGACUUCAAAUUCCUAAGUGGUGGAUUUGGAUGUAUUAUUUAUGCCCCGUGUCUUGGGUACUGAACGGGAUGCUUACUUCACAAUAUGGAGAUAUAACCAGAAAUAUAUCCACCUUUGAAGAAACCAAACCAGUUGCUGUAUUUUUAAAAGAUUAUUAUGGGUUUCACCAUGAUUUUCUGGGUGUAACUGGUCUUGUUCUCAUUGUCUUCCCCAUUGUAUUUGCCGUUCUAUUUGCAUACUGCAUUGGAAACCUCAACUUCCAGAGGAGGUAAAAUCAUGCAAGAGUAUCUAUUCAUUUAUGUAUCACUAAAAUUAGGAUUUUGUAAAUGUCCUAUAACAGGAAAAUUGGUGUAUCAUGUUACAGAGACAUGCUUUGGUGGGGUCCGCCAAAUAUUAGAAAAAGAAAUAAAGAAAAAAGCAUAGUACUGAAAAACGAUCUGAGAGAGUUGGAGGGAAAAAACAUUUCAUGUAAC